CCCAGUAGCUCUGACGUUAUUCUGCAUCAUCAUCAACAACAACAACAACAAAAUAAUGGGGGACACUUCAAAUGUGAAAGCUCAACAUUUCAAGAAGAAAUUGGAUCAACUAGGCUGCCCCUACACUGAAGGGGUGGAGGAGUCGUGGAUCUCAGAGCUUAUUUUCAAACCCGGAGAGGCUAGAAUAAGACUUCUUCAAUGGCUUUUAUCAAAGUUUGACUCGGAACUCAAUGAGAUCUUGGACCCGCAGUAUGCUUCGGUAGAGUCAAAGAUGGACUCCCGUAUACAGCGUCUGUUGUUUGUGGCGUCCAAUAUCGGGCUCUGUAGAUACGAUGAUGUUGAUUUGAUAAGGGGAGCUGUUCCUGCGUCUAGACAGGCCGUGUUCAUGGCUCACCUGAUUGACAUCGUGGCCAUAGCGGACUCUGCAGAGGACCCUAAAAACAAGCUGUUCAGAGAACCAGGAAUAGUCAGCGACUCAUUGCCGUUACACGAGCAAGUCUCCCUUGAUGUGACCUACAUGAACAACCUGUGCCUCAGUGGACCUAUGGACCAGGUGUUCUCUGGCAAGCUGUCACUGCUGCCACUGGACCUGAAAAAACAGCUGGAGGAGACCUGGAGCAAGUCAGGAAAGACCUUGGACAAGGUUUCAAAGCUGGACCUGCAGGCAAUCGAGGCGGCGGCCAUAAAACUCUCAGAAGACAUGGCCCGUCAAGUGGAACUACUGCAAGAUAUGAGGAAACACUACGAGUAUGAGAUGAUGGAUGACACGAAGGUGGAGACAGUGUGCCGGACCAUCAGCCUGGUGUUAUCUGAGCUCUCUCAGCUGACCACGGGCUUCAACUACUGCUACGAAAAUGAGAUGAAGCAAUGGUGCAACAAGUCACCACCCAACCUCACACAGCUGGGGGCAGCCUUCAAACGAGUACACAGACUUCUACAGCAACUCAUACAGAUGUUUGACGGUCUCCGCAGUAUCCGCUCCUCAAGUUCUGCUCUGAACAAGGAACCUUCCAGACCACGACCGCAGUCUCAAGACACCAAUCUGAUACUGACUGGUACAGAGGCAUUGGCCAGUCUACAAGGGGUGGUAGAUAUCUUAGAGGAAUCCAUUCAGCAUGCUGAACAUACCUCCAGCGCCCAGACAACACCCCGCAGCACGGCAUCUCGUGCUUCCACGAUCAGAGGACAUGAAUGAAGAUGGGGAUGUGGGGUGCUGGAAUCAAAGACGUGGACAGUUUACUGUGAUAAGCCUAGUUUGCGUGCCGUCUCAUGAAGCUUUCUCCACAGCUGCCUCCAAAGGAACAUAAACAUUUAUUGCAAAAGCUUGUGUUGUCAUACGUUGAUGUCUUUAGGAUAUGUGUACCCUCAUUUUCAAUAAUGAUAAUAAAUCACUCAUAUUUACUGAA